AAAUAUAUCCAUUGAUGUUUUCUACUUGUGUAGACUGAUCUGCUAUUUCAACGCGUCAUCAUUGUAAAACUUGCAGAACUCUUGGGUAACGCAGCCUUCCCGGGCAGGCCUCUAAACAUUAGUGAAGAGAAAAAAAGUAUCUUCGUCUUCACCACAAUUUUCAACUACAAAGUCUUUAUUUCGGACUAUAAAAGAAAUAUCGACAUAGUCAAUUUUAUUGAUAAGAUGACGCAGAAACGAAAAAUAAGUGUGCUACGAUUUUCAAUGGCAAUAAUUUGUGCUUUCGGUCAUUUAUUCAAGGUUUAUGCGUUGAAAUCCCUAGCUCCCUGCGUCCCCCAGGAUAAUACUGUAUUUGUCUUUGGUCGCUCCCAGUAGCAAUAGCUUGCCAGAUUAACUAAACAACCUUCCGGAGUGAUAUGUGCAUGUUACGCUCACAUCUCAAAGCGUUUGAAUGUGCAGUAGUUGUGUUGUUGCUGGCCUGUGUGUCCUGGCCACGGGGGGCUACGGAGGACCUCCGCAGUUUCAAGGAGCAGCUCAGUGACUGCCUGGGGGACGAGGACUACCAGGAGCUUCUGGACAUCAGUAUCCAUGGCCUCCCCCCUGCACAGACCCCUCGGCACGUGGUGGUCGUGGGCGCCGGCAUGGCCGGCCUGACCGCUGCCAAACUGCUGCAGGACGCGGGACACCAGGUGACGGUGCUUGAGGCUAGUGGGAGGGUGGGGGGGAGGGUGGAGACCUACAGACACCCGACAGAGGGCUGGUAUGCUGAUCUGGGAGCCAUGAGGAUCCCAAACUUCCACCAGAUUGUGCUGUCCUACGCCGAGAUGCUGGGUGUGAAGUUGGGUCAGUUUGUGAUGUAUGACCCCAACACCUUCUACCUGGUCAAUGGGCAGCGUGUGAAGACCGGGGCAGCAGACAAAAACCCUGCCCUCCUCAAAUACAACUUCCCCCAUAGGGGGAAGGCCCUGUCGGCUGACCAGCUGAUGGAUCGGGCUUUGGAAGCGGUAAUGUAUGCAGUGAAACAUGAAGGAUGUGCUGCCCUUAAGAGAUAUGACCAGUAUUCGCUCAAGGGCUAUUUCGUUCAAGUGGCUAAUCUAAGUUCUGAGGAGGUGAGGAUGAUAGGAGACCUGCUGAAUGAGAACAGCUGGAUGUACCUUGCCUUGACCGAGAUGCUCUACGAACUAGCAGAUAUCAGCGACCAAACUGAGUAUUUUGAGGUGGUGGAUGGCUCAGAUCGUCUCCCUCAAGCCUUGCAUAACGUCCUGGCUAAACCCGCCCAGCUGAACUCUCCGGUCAAACAAAUCACCCACUCAGACGCUGGUGUUGAUGUAUUUUACCUGAAGGGUAAAGACUCACCUCAGAUCAAGCUUGCUGCUGACGCAGUCCUGGUCACGACCACAGCCAAGGCAGCUCACUUCAUAGAAUUUGUCCCCCCGCUGACCCCAGGAAAGAGGCAUGCACUGAGCAGCGUUCACUACGACAGCUCCACCAAGAUCAUCCUCACCUUCAGCCGAAGGUUCUGGGAGGAUGACUGCAUCAAGGGGGGGAAGAGCAUCACAGACCGCCCCUCUCGCUUCAUCUACUACCCCAGCCACGACUUCCCCCAGAACCCAGACAUCGGCGUGCUGCUGGCCUCCUACACCUGGUCUGACGACUCCCUAAUCUUCCAGGGCCUGGGAGAUGAGGAGCUGAAGGAGGUGGCCCUGAAGGACCUGGAGCUCAUCCACGGGGAGCAGGUCUGGGACCUGUGCACGGGGGUGGUGGUGAAGAAGUGGAGCUCUGACCCCUACAGCCUGGGAGCCUACGCCAUGUUCACUCCCUACCAGCAUACUGAAAUCGCCUCUGAGCUCUUCCAGGCCGAGGGCAGGGUUCACUUCGCUGGGGAACACACCGGCUUCACUCACGCCUGGAUUGAAACAGCCAUGAAGACGGCCAUCAGAGCUGCCAAGAACAUCAACCACCAGCUUCAAGACCGCUGCAUGUCCACUGAAGAGAAGAGCUCUGACUCCAACACCCAAGCAGUAAUUUGUUAUUAAUCACAUAUUAAGACAUUAGAAGAUAGUAUCUUCAUGCUAGGAGUACUACAUUUUUAUUUGCGUGUGUAAGCCUUCAGAACACAGCUCAAAUUAAAUUGGUAUGACCUCUAGCAAUUGACCAAUCUGAGACUUCCACCUACAGGCAUGCAAGUGUUGUAGCCUAGCCUAGCUAUGCAUCUAUCUUUACAUGCCCUUUCCAAGUCAUGUUACUUAACAUAAUAAGCAAUCCACAAUGAUACAAUAUAAAUACUUCAAUUAAACUUACAAAUGAA